CUGAUCUGGUAAACAAUUGGCCGAGCAAUAAUUUUAUUUCUCAUUUGUUUUUGCAAGCCGGCUGCUGUUGUGAAAUAAGAAAAAGGGCUAUAUAAUGCAUUAAACCGGCAUAUAUUAUUUUAUUUAUAGCUAGCUAGUACGUUUAUUUCUAGCUGCCUAAAAAAGUUAAGUAGUUUCGCGAAAUAGUCUCACAAAACAGAUUAAUUUGGCUAAGCAGAUUCUUUAUUGGCAAUUACCUAUUUCAAGGGUAUAUUUUAUAAUACUCAAACAUUUAUAUCUAAAAAAUACACAUCCACAAAAUGGCAAGCAAAAAAUUCAGUGACAUCAAUCUGUACGAUCUUUUGGGCAUUUCCCUGGAGGCUGACCAAAAUGAGAUACGCAAGGCAUACCGAAAACGGGCCCUCGAUUGCCAUCCCGACAAGAAUCCGGACAAUCCACAGGCGGUCGAGCGCUUCCACGAGUUGUCCAAGGCCCUCGAGAUCCUCACCGAUGAGUCCGCCCGGGCAGCCUAUGACAAAGUGCUCAAAGCCAAGAAGGCGGCGGAAUUGAGGAGUCGCCAGUUGGAUGGGAAGCGGCAGAAACUUAAGCAGGAGUUGGAGGAACGGGAACGGGCGGCACUUCACAAGCUGGCUAAGAGUCAACCCUACAGCACGGUGGCCAAAAGCGACGAGGAGCUGCUCCAAGAGCAAAUUGAGCGGUUAAGACGCGAGGGAUCCCGUCUGCUGGAGGAGGAGCAGCGGGCCAUGCAGGAGCAGUUUCGCCGCAAUCACGCCGAGAAGCAGAGACUCCUGCAACAGCCGGCCCAGUUCGAUUCCGCCCAGCAUCGCAUCAAGAUGAAGUGGAAGGCUGAGGCCGGGCAGGAUUACACGCAGGAUCAGCUGCUCAAGUACCUCAAGAAGUACGGCGAUGUGGUGGCCCUGGUGGUCAACAGCAAGCGACGGGGACGCGCCAUGGUAGAGCUGGCCACCCGUGAAGCCUGUGACAUGGUGUUGGCCUACGAAAAGGGCGAUCCCGCCAAGCCACUGCACUUCGAAUGGGUGACACCGCCGGCGGAAGAGAAGCAGCCAUCCAAGGGAUCCACCGCCGGGAGCGCUGCCUCAUCGACGGAUUACGAAGACCUGGUCAUGCGCAAGAUGCGCCAGGCUGAGGAGCGGAAGCGGCUAAUAGAGCAGAUGAUGAAGGAGGAGGAGGGAAAUGAAUAAACUCCAAAUUAGUUAAUCUUAUUUCGGAUUUUUUCAGUGGUUUAGCUAAACAAAGCUGAAAAGCAUCCUCGUUUUAUUAAUAAGAAGAAAUGAUAUUUUGGUUUCAGUAAAAAGAACACCACAAAAAAUGUAUUUAUAAAUACCUCUGUGUUCUGAAAAAAAAUGCCAAAAAACAGCAAAACCUUGUUUUCAGAAACCAUUGUACCAUAGUCUAAAGAAAAUCGAACAUAGUUUCUAUUUUAAAAAACCCUUCAACAUAUAAUUUCAAUUUUUUUUAAUAUAAUUUAAUUUACUUACU